AUGGGAUCACCGGGCUGGGCAGCAGACGUCCGUCUCCGCGUGGGGUCGGCCUCGCCUCAAGACUUCACGGGCAUCCUGCCCGAGCGGGUGGUGAUUUGCACUCCAAGUGCUCAAAGAAGUCGAUCCUUCUCGCCCCGCACUGCGACGGCCGGCUGCUCGUCAGGCUUGGCAGCUUCCUCGUCGGUAGGGAGCCCUGUGUUGCAAACGCCGAUGUUGGCCACGGCAGUUGAGGGCUGUCUGACGUCCCCGUGCCACCGCUACGUCCAACCUGCGGUCAGGCAAGUGGUGAGAGGGAGUUCCAGCCCUUGCAGAUACACGAUCGUCUCUGGCGAAAGAAGAUGUUACAGCCCCCAGGUCGUGCGGACGUACCAGGCAUCGUAUGCGAUUCCACAGCCGCCAAUCCAUCCGGAGUCAGCAGCCAGCCGGGCACAGGUUUGGCCCCAUGUCGUCCAGGGCGUCAACUGCAUCUUGGGCGACGCAGGUGUACCGCCACCGCCCCUGAAGAAUCCCACCCUGAGCAUCCUGAUCAGAGAUUUCGAAAUGGAGAACCCUGGGCUGCCAGGCGACUGGGAAAGCGACCUGGGCGCUUGCGGCCGGUGUGCAAAGCACAUUAGCUCUAUGCUUCUUGAGCUCGCAUUGGGCGACCGUAUCCUGGUGCCCCUGGCACCUGGUGGGCCGAGCGUUCCUGUGUCCAAAAAUGGACCGCAGGGUCAGCCCUCGCAGACUUGGCAGCAGGCCUUUGCCGCCUACUGCCCGGCUCUGCAGGCAACCCUGCGCCAGCCAAACGCUGCCGAGGUGGAGUCUUGCUUCGCACAAGCCAGCUGCUCCAGCGCUGGCUCUUUGGGUUGGCGGACCGGCGAGGUCCAGCGAUUCAUGAGACUGUGCUUUGACUCACUGGGUCUUCCGCCUCCUUUGUGCCACCCAGCCGUGUGGUACCAGAUGCUGCGAGAGAUGACGACUGAUCCUGCGGCGCGGCUGGCGAAGGAACGGGCAAGCGAGUUUCUGCAUCUCUUCCUGGAGCGGCUCCUCAGUUUCCAGUUGGCGCAACAGGAGACGCAGCGAGCGUCGCAACUCCACGGGAGCAGCUCGUCUGUGGUCACGACGAAGGCCGAGGCAAGAGCGGAUGUUGUCAACGGUGCCUGCAACUUCGCUGCGAGCCCAGACAUGAAAAGCUUCCAUCUGCAAGCGCCGGUCGAACUGGCUGGUGCCUGUGCUGCAGUCAAAGACGCUGCAGUGUUUGGACUCCUGGCAGACGCCCCGACGAAGGUGAGGCUCUCGUCACACAUCAAAAUGGACGAUGGCUGUUCGGUGCCCUCCACAAUGACACCAGGCUCUGGGAAUGGCGUUGAGCCCCGUCGCGUCCUUGAAGAUGUGAUCCAGCUUCAGAGCGCCAGUGCCUCCGCAGCUUCUCCCGUUUUCACUCUGCCGGUGGCCUCGCCUCCGCGCCAAGCGGAAGCCAGGAAGUCUCCAAAGGCUCCCAGCCCAGGGGCUGGCGAGAUUCCCAGCCCGUCCUUCCAGACAAAGGGCCGCUGCGCUGCCACUUACAGCUUUGGGCCUUUGACCUUCGCGAAGGAGGAAUUUCCAGUCCUGGCCUCACCUCCACAGCCACAGGAGCUUCAGCGCCCUGGCUUCGCAACUCUGGAAACUGCAGCGACGGUGGUUCCCUCGCUAGCCGAGGCCCAGUUCUCUGCAGGUGGAGCCCUGCAAGGUGCGCCUGAUUUCCAGCAACAGCCGACUGAAUCCAGGCGAGAGCCUUACGAAGCAGAGGUUUGCAGGCUGCUAGAAGCUGUGCAGGGAGCGUGCACCGACCUCGCUCAACGUCUCGAGCACCAGCGCCAGGCUGCAGUUGCUCGGCCAGCGCCCGGAGCGCAGUGGUACGAUAUGAGCACCCCGGCACUGCCACCCAGUACAUCGGGAAGCCUACUGCUUUCCAACCUGGCUGGAGAUGACCUUGUCGAGGACCCUUGCCCCAUGCUGAGGCCUCCAGACCGUGCAGCCGUGGACCACAGCCAGAGGUAA